CUACCGCAUCGUAAACAAACUUUGACAUGCCGCCAGUAAAUGCAAUCGUUAAUGAAUUCGCCUAAAAUUGCUUAUUUAUUUAUAAAUUCGCGCAUUAAAGUGGUGUAAAAUCAAACUUGUUCGCUCUUAUUUAGUAUUUUUGUUGUUUGUGCAAACCGAACUUACGCUCACUGUUUCAUUGCAAUUAAUCCGUUUCUCAGACAACUGAAGAAAUUGGCCAAGAAACCAUAUUCUGCAAUAUCGGCGAAAUAUCGGUCAGCGUCUUCGGCGUCAUCCAGUGAUUAUCGAAUUGUGCACAUGAAAUAAAGACGCAUACAAACAUACAAUCAAAUGCAAUAAUAUCUAUCUAUUUGAUUAAACCCCGUAAGCUCUAAUAGUCAGCAAAGUGUGUUGUGUUGUGUAGUCUUUCAGUGUUGUUGUUAUUAUUACAAAAGCAUGUUCGCGAAUUCGCAAAUCAUUUGAUUCGGUUGCAGAAAUUUUUGUGAAUUUUUAUUUUUAUUUUUUACUUUUAACAACGUGUUUUUUGCUUUCAAUAUUCGCCUGUUGAUUUACAACAAAAAAGUUUUUGUUAGUGUGUAGUAAUAAAAUAAAUAAAUAAUAUUUGUGAACUAAUUUGAUUCAAAGAAAAACUGUGGGGAAAUAACAUCACCAAUAUUCUCUUCAACUCCCUCUCUUCACCUGCAGAAAUACUCACUCAUCCCUCUGACAUAACAACGUCUAGUAAACCAAACAUAAACAGCCAAAAAAUGCAGUCACUUCGGUGCAGUUUGGGUCUUUUCCUCGUCUUUAUCAUCUGUCAGACUAGUCUGGCGGUGCCUGCUUUGCGUGUCAAACGUCAACCUGAUGAUCUGCUCUCACUGGAGGCGGAUAGUGCGGAUGCAAUCAAUAGCGAUUUGAAUCCUAUAAAUGCUGAGGCAGUUUCAGGCGAUGAUCUUGAGCGCAAUAAAAGAAAAUUACCCGAAGCGACAUUCGAAGCGAAAAACGCCGUGCUGGGAUUUGUCUUUGGUAAAAUCGACAACUUCCUCGACACCAAAACACGCGUCAUCGAGCAGCUGGAUCGCGCCAACAUCGAGAAGAACAAGCAGUGGGACAUUAAGAAUCCCGUACCGAUUAAGGACUUCCAAACGCUCGUCACCGCCGUCGUUUCACCGAAAAUACGCACCCUAGGCAAUAUUGCCAACGAUUUGACCACUGGCGUGUUGACCACAAUCACCGCUUUCAGCGGUUCUUCAGCGGGUAAUGGCAAUUCGAAUCCAAAUGCCGGACUGGGCAAUAUUGUCUCGAAGUUCCUCGGCUUCUCUGGCCCAAUUCUGCAAGGCUCUGCAGCUGGUCCUGCUGGUGGUGGCACCACAGCCGCGCCAGAUUCGGACGAGGCUGGCUAUUAGUUGCAAGGAGUUGCAAGUGGCUGCUGUGAUGUUAACUAAAAUACAUAUAUAUUCAUAUAUGUAUGGAGGCAUAUGCGAAUAUGUACAUAUACAUAUUUAAAUAUAUUCUUAAAAAACCCUUCCCUGGCUAUACUACAAUUCAAUAGAGAAUUAUUGUCAAAUAUGCGCUGCUAUUGAAACAUCGAUCCACACACAUUUUAGAAUGCACUUUCAUCGAGAGACACACACAUACAUAACUAAACACAUGUACAAAGGCAAAGCGCGCACACAUACUCAUGCAAAAAUGCGUA